AGAUGACAAGUAUAUUUGAUGAAGAUGGAAAUGGAAUGAGUGAUUAUGGUAUAUAUAAUCUUCAACUAGAUCCUAAUGAUCCAAGGAAAAAGAAGUUUGUUCAUAUUGGAAAGUAUUCUGUCCGUGAAAGUAAGUUAGAAUAUAACAAAUCAACUGCAAAGUUCUAUGAUGACUUGAAGAGGGAAGUGAAAGUGGUUUCACAGUGUGAUGUAUGCUCAGAUUGCCCGAAAGAUGAAACCACUGAAAAUGCUCAACGUAAUUUACUGUUUGGAACUCGUAACCAUGAACCACUGCAGAAGGCACUUCUUGCUUUCCUAGUGAUGUUUCUGGUUAUGUUUUUGAUUGCUAUGUUAUUAGCUGUGGGUCUCAUUAUCAUAAAGAAAAGAAAGAAAAGAAAAGCUGAUGGACAGACAGUUGCUGCAAUUGAGCUUAAUGAUAAUGGGGGAGCGGGAUACCCUGAUGAAUCACAAUGUGACUCUUAUGAGGAUGUUUAUAAUAAUGUAUCUAUAGAUGACUCAGAUGGUUCAGUGUAUUUUCGUGGACAGUAUAUUCAUCCGCAACAUGAAGACCCUCAACUUCAGCCACCUCAACCAGAUACAAGUCAUGAGCAUUCUGAGGGAGCACAUGUAUAUACCCCAGCUCGCUAAGUAUAUAACCCAACUCACGGAUUAAAUACCAAGCAGGAUACCAACAAGAUAUUUCUGCAGGCA